AUGGCUCCGGAUCCCGCGACGGAACACGAGAUUCAAGAUCUUGCAGCCAAAAACACUGCCAAGGACCUCAACAUCCGAGAUCAGACUUUGCGUCACUCACUUGACGUGCAAGAGUAUGAGGAGCAGCCUAAUAACUAUGACCCUAAGUGCGUGCCGCAUAUCGUCCCUAAUGACACGCUCUUGACACUAAUCAACGCAGACUGUGGCCCAUCGGCCGCAAGUGGCUGGUCAUGUCACUGGUUAGCUGGCUCUGCCUGGUCAGCUCCCUUGAGCGAGCAAUUCGGUCGUAAGAUAGUAAGUGCCCAAGAGCCAUCCUCUGCGUCAUAUAGAUGCCCACUGACCGUCCAGGUCUUGGAUAUCAGCACGGCUAUCUUCGCCAUAUGGGAACUUGCCUGCGCCCUCGCUCCGAACAUCACAUCCCUCCUCAUAUUCCGCAUAUUCUCUGGGCUUGGUGGCUCUGCAUGUCUCUCUAUUGGCGGAGGUAUAGUAUCCGAUCUGUUUGAUUCCAACGAACGGGGAGUAGCGACUGCAGUAUUUGCGCUGGGUCCCUUGCUCGGCCCUGUCAUCGGACCAAUCGUGGGCGGAUUCCUGUCCCAGGAGGCUGGGUGGAGAUGGGUAACCACAAUUGCACCUGACGGACAUUCGGUACGUGACUAA